AUGUGGGGCAAGCAAGCAGCAUUCUUACUCCUCCUUCUUGCUGUGCUAUUGGGUUACCUAUGUCAGUUCCCGCAUUAUUCUGAAAGACACGACGAGGAGACUACGAGAGCGGUUGAGCAGUUGAAACGUGCCUUGGGAAACACAGCCUUGCCGGUUCUGACGUACAAUAUCAGAAUCGACAUGGAGGAACGCGACGCCAACAACCACUUCACCAAGCGUGUUGGCCGACUUUCUCGCUUCAUUGGCAAAGUGGAGCCUUGGUUGAUGGGCCUGCAAGAGCCUUCUUCAGGUCAGCUGUUGCACUUACAAGCAGGUUUGGCGAGUCAUUGGAAAGCUAUAGGCUAUGAAGGGAACGGACACAAAGACAUGGACCGAGCUGAUCCUCGUCGUUUCAACGACUACCAGACGGGUAUACUCUAUGAUUCUCGUCAUCUCAAUCUGGUUGAAUCUGAUCACAUUUGGCUUUCUGAAAGGCCGAGAAUACCGGGUACCAAAAGUUGGGACAGCGUUGGGGUGCGCACUGUCACAAUUGGAGCAUUUCGUCUGCAAAGCAUAGGGUCAGAUGUGGACAUCGUGCACUUGAACUGUCAUCUGGAUGUUUGGGGCGCGAAAGCCAGGUUCGAGCAGGCAAAGUUGCUCCUUGUACAUAGCCAAACUUGGAGCCAGCGCCAUGUGAAUGCCACCAUCGUGUUGACCGGCGACUUCAACUCCGCAAACGGUCACGGGCCGCAUCGUCUUUUGUUGGAGGGAGGUUACAGAGACAGUUGGGAAGAUUGCCAUGGCAUGCCCCAGCGAUGUUUAUCUCACAGUUUCGCCUCCACUUUCCACGGAUGGCUUGGCAGCAUCGUCAACACCUACGUGUUUCGAGCUUUCCAGUUUGCUCUGCAUGCCGUACAUGCUUGCGGCAUUGACUUCCCCAAGUCAGUUCCCGGCAGCGUGCGUGAAGCUGGCCGACUGGCCGUACAUAUCAUGAAGCAGCUAGAUGUGGAGAAGGUGUGGCAGAACUUGCCCGGAUCUUUCUCGAGGUUGCAUGUUGACUGGAUUCUAGUUCGCCAGGCAGUGCGAGGACAGACCUUGUCUCCGGAGGCUGUCGUCGUUACAGAGGUUAGAGACAAAGAUUUCAGCAGUGACCACUUCCCAGUACUCGCUGUGUUCAGGUUAGACAUGGGAGUGUCGCAGAUGUAG